AUGGCCGGGACAGUUACUGUGUUGAAGACCUCUCCUGUUCGAGUUGGGGAUCAGGUCGAUGAGUCUACAGUGUACUUUCAUUGUCUUUUCUGGACAUUUCCACCCUGCAUCAAGGCCUUCCGGCAUUGCAAGCCACUUGUGAGUAUUGACGGUACCCACUUGUGUGGCAAGUACGGAGGCACGUUACUGUUGGCAAUUGCGCAGGAUGGAAACUCGAACAUCCUCCCGAUAGCCUUCGCCCUAGUGCAGGGAGAAAAUGCGGAGUCAUGGCAUAAUGGCAUCAAGGCUGCACUUGAGAAUCCCGAGAAUGGUUGGCUGCCUCCACGUGCUUUUCGAGUGUACUGUAUCCGUCAUGUCGCAGCGAAUUUUAGCCUUAGCUUCAAAGGUAAAGAUGCAAGGAAGAUGCUGGUGAAUGCGGCCUAUGUAAAAACUGAAGCAGAGUUCUAUUAUUGGUUUGACAUCAUGCGGACUGAGAAUCCGGCUAUGUGUGACUGGGCCAACUGGAUGGAGUAUGAGAAGUGGACCCAACACGAGGAUAGCGGUAGACGGUUCGGCCACAUGACAACCAACAUUAGUGAAUGCGUGAAUUCCGUGUUAAAGGGAACUCGGAACCUCCCGGUCACUUCAUUGGUUAAGUCUACUUAUGAGAGGCUUGUCGAGCUAUUCGUGCUCUGCGGACAAACAGCAGAGGCGCAAGUUGGAUCUGGCCAUGAAUUUUGUCAGGCGUUGGUGAAGGCUAUUGAUCGGAACAUGAGAGACUCAAGGUGCUUCACCGUCACGUUAUUCGAUAGGCACCAGUCGGAAUACACGGUGGCUGAGACGACACCGACUGGAAACUUCUCGCUAGGUUCCUAUCGAGUUUCCCUUAAGGAUCACACAUGCGAUUGUGGCCACUUUCAGGCGCUCCAUUAUCCAUGUUGUCACGCCAUUGCAUGUUGCGCCCACUCGCGCCUGAAUUGGGCGUCAUAUGUCCACGAGGUGUAUCGUAUGACUGAGGUGUUCAACGUAUAUAAGCACGGGUUUGUUCCGCCUAUCCCAGAAGGUCUAUGGCCCCCAUAUGCUGGACCAACUGUCAUACCUGAUCCUAACAUGAGGUGUGCAAGGGAAGGUCGUCCGAAGGCAACCAGGAUCCGCAGUAGCAUGGAUCAGUCUGUUGAGAACCAGCCGAAGCGUUGUGGCCUCUGCCAUCAGCUUGGGCAUACACUGAGGAACUGUGACCGGUGA